AUGUACACUGGCCUCCUGAAGCACACACCGCCUCCGGCCUCCCCUGCUGCUGCCUCCUCCGCCUCGGACCAAGGUGGAAACACGCAUACCGCGGUUCCCACAAUCCCCCGGGCACACCUGGUCGUCGGCUCCAAGGACCAGCUUCGGAUCCUCACCCCUGUGGGAAGCUCUUCCGCAGCCAAUCACUGCGCCGCCGUCGGCGUCGUGCACACCGCCAGGCACACGGCCGGCGCUCCCAGAUCCCACGCCUCCAUCAGCGAGGAGGAUGAAGGAGGGGGCGGAGGAAGGGUGAAGAAGAAACGGAAGAAAAAGGACAAGACGCAGUGGGAGAAAGUAGGAGCAGAGGAGGAGGAGAAGGAGAGCAGCAAACCAAAGAAACAAAAGGCGGAGAGGGAGGCGACACCCGUGCUCACCCUGAGGAGGAGCAAGGAGCCAAAGGAGGGAAAAGACAGGAAAGAACGACGGUCAAAGGGAAAGGCUGGCAGGAAGGACGGCGGAACGGAUCCGAGGAACGCGGUGAAAACCCCCGAGCCCUCGGCGGUUCCUGUCAAAGUUCCAGGGAAAAGAGGACGGAAACCUAAGGUCAAAGUCCUCCCUCCUGCUGCGACCAAUCAAGCCGGGCCUCAAGUUAACAACACCCAGGCGGACCAGAACCAUGGGAAGGGCCACGGCCAGGCCAACAGCAAGACUGCAGGCCCCACGGCGCCAAAACAGAGGGGCCGCAAACCCAAAGACCCCGGUGCUGCGCCGGUGGAGAAGAAGAAGAAAGGGAAGAGAAGAAACCAGGAGGCGGCUGUACAGGAGGGAGCGGAGAGCGGCGACGAUGCCUCAGCGUCGGCCGCCAACAUGGGAGGGGACGACAGCCAGGACCCCCUGGACAAUGCCAAGCGCCGUUCAGGACGACAAGUCAAAAGGAGGAAGUAUAACGAAGACCUGGACUUCAAGGUGGUGGACGAUGACGGAGAAACGAUUGCGGUUCUUGGAGCUGGACGCAUCUCUGCACUAAACGCCACGGCGCUGGCAUGGCAGGCGGAGGAACCUCCUGAGGAUGAGGCAAACAUCAUCGAGAAGAUCCUGGCUGUCAGGAAAGUAAAGAAAGAGACGUCGUCCGAGGACCCAACGGAGGACGCAGAGGAGUUUUACGUUAAAUACAGAAACUUUUCCUACCUCCACUGCAAAUGGGCCACUUUGGAAGAACUGGAGAAGGAUCCCAGAAUCCAUCAGAAGAUCAAACGCUUCAGGACCAAGCAGGCUCAGAUGAAGCACCUCUUUACUGAGCCUGACGAGGACCUCUUCAAUCCAGACUACGUGGAGGUGGACCGAGUCCUGGAAGUGGCCGUUACCACGGAUACAGAGACAGGAGAGGAGGUGACCCACUACCUGGUGAAGUGGUGCAGUCUGUCGUACGAGGAGGCCACCUGGGAGCUGCAGGAGGACCUGGACCCGGAGAAGAUCAGGGAAUUCGAGGAGAUCCAGAAGCUUCCGGCAGACCUCAGACACAUGGAUCGUCCGCCUCCAGAAAAAUGGCAGAAGUUGGAGAGCUCCAGAGAUUACCGCAAUGGGAACCAGCUCAGAGAAUACCAGUUGGAGGGAAUGAACUGGUUGAUGUUCAACUGGUACAACAGGAAGAACUGCAUCCUGGCGGACGAGAUGGGUCUGGGGAAGACCAUCCAGUCCAUCACCUUCCUGUAUGAGAUCUUCAGCAUGGGCAUCCGCGGCCCCUUCCUCAUCAUCGCCCCGCUGUCCACCAUCACAAACUGGGAGAGGGAGUUUCGCACCUGGACGCACAUGAACGUCAUCGUGUAUCACGGCUCGCAGAUCAGCCGCCAGAUGAUCCUGCAGUAUGAGAUGUUCUACAGAGACGCGCAGGGUAACACAGUGUCAGGAGGGUUGAAGUUCCACGGCCUGAUCACCACCUUUGAGAUGAUCAUGGCCGACUGUCCCGAGCUGAGGAAGCUGCAGUGGCGCUGCGUGGUGAUCGACGAGGCCCACAGGCUGAAGAACAGGAACUGCAAACUGCUGGAAGGACUCAAGCUCAUGAACCUGGAACACAAGGUGCUUCUGACCGGAACCCCUCUGCAGAACUCGGUGGAGGAGCUCUUCAGCCUGCUGAACUUCCUGGAGCCUCAGCAGUUCCCCUCAGAGACCUCCUUCCUGGAGGAGUUCGGAGACCUGAAGACAGACGAGCAGGUGAAGAAGCUUCAGUCCAUUUUAAAACCCAUGAUGCUGCGGAGACUGAAGGAUGACGUGGAGAAGAAUCUGGCGCCUAAAGAGGAAACCAUCAUUGAGGUGGAGCUGACCAACAUCCAGAAGAAAUACUAUCGUGCCAUCUUGGAGAAGAACUUCUCCUUCCUCUCUAAAGGAGCAAACCAGCACAACAUGCCGAACCUGAUCAAUACCAUGAUGGAGCUCCGCAAGUGCUGCAACCACCCCUACCUGAUCACAGGGGCCGAGGAGAAGAUCCUGGAAAGCUUCAAGAAGAGCCACAGUCCAGACUCCCCAGCCUUCCAGCUGCAGGCCAUGAUUCAGGCGGCUGGUAAGCUGGUUCUGAUCGACAAGCUGCUGCCCAAGCUGCUGUCGGGGGGUCACAAAGUGCUGAUCUUUUCCCAGAUGGUCCGCUGCUUGGACAUCCUGGAGGACUACCUCAUUCAGAGACGCUACACGUACGAACGCAUCGACGGCCGAGUGCGGGGGAACCUGCGGCAGGCGGCCAUUGACCGUUUCUGCAAGCCAGACUCGGACCGCUUUGUGUUUCUGCUCUGCACCAGAGCAGGAGGGCUGGGAAUCAACCUGACGGCCGCCGACACCUGCAUCAUCUUCGACUCGGACUGGAACCCGCAGAACGACCUGCAGGCUCAGGCGCGCUGCCAUCGGAUCGGACAGAGCAAAGCGGUGAAGGUCUACAGACUUAUCACCAGAAACUCCUACGAGAGGGAGAUGUUUGACAAGGCCAGUCUGAAGCUGGGCUUGGACAAAGCAGUUCUUCAAGACAUCAACCGCAAAGGAAGCCUGAAUGGAGUUCAACAGCUCUCUAAGCUGGAAGUGGAGGACUUGCUGAAAAAAGGAGCGUACGGCGCCCUGAUGGACGAAGAGGACGAGGGCUCCAAGUUCUGCGAGGAAGACAUCGAUCAGAUCCUUCAGAGACGAACUCAGACCAUCACCAUCCAGUCUGAAGGGAAAGGCUCCACAUUCGCUAAGGCCAGCUUUGUCUCAUCCGGGAACAGAACCGACAUUUCUUUAGAUGAUCCAAACUUCUGGCAGAAAUGGGCCAAGAUCGCCGAGGUGGAGAUCGACUCCAGAUCGGAGAAGGUAACCAUGGAAACAGACUGACUGGGACUCCACAUCUAUCAUCCAUCCAUCCAUCCAUCCAUCCAUCAAUCAUUAUUUUAUCCAUCCAUCCAUCAUCCAUCCAUCCAUCCAUCCAGCGGGAGAAACUCUAUUAGUCCUCAUGAAGAUAAACAGAUCCAGAGAUGCUCCCCUGAGUUUAGACGCUUCAGAGGAUUUUUCUCUCAUCUCUCCAGGUGGGGUCGCUGGAAAGACAUUCUGAACCACGGUCGCUUCAAGUGGCACCUGGCAGAGAGAGACAUGGAGGUGAUCUGCAGGGCUCUGUUGGUUUACUGCCUGAAACACUACAAAGGUGACGACAAGAUCAAGAGCUUCAUCUGGGAUCUGAUCGCGCCUUCUAAGGACGGACAGGACCAGGCGCUGCUCAACCACUCCGGUUUAUCGGCUCCGGUUCCUCGGGGAAGGAAGGGGAAAAAGCUGAAGAACCAGCUGAAUGUUCCUGAUGUUAAAAACGCCGACUGGCUGGUGCACUGCAACCCUGAGGUGGUGCUGCAGGACGAGAGCUACAAGAAACACCUCAAACAGCACUGCAACAAGGUUCUGCUGAGGGUCCGGAUGCUGUACUACCUGAAGGUGGAGGUUCUGGGUGAGGCCGCUAAUCAGGCUCAGGAGGGGGUACCAGCCAGUAAACUGGACGUGUCGCUACCCGACAUCGACUACAUCGAGAUUCCCGUGAUGUGGUGGGAUGCCGAGGCCGACAAAUCGCUCCUCAUAGGGGUCCACAAACACGGAUAUGAGCGAUACAACGCCAUGCGGGCCGAUCCAGACCUGUGCUUCCUGGAAAGGGUUGGGAUGCCGGACGUCACGGCUCUGUCUGCUGAACAGGGAGGAUCGGAGGCGGUAGCUGAACUGAUCGACAGCAGCUGUAAAACGGAGGAGGCGAAGGAAAAGCCAGAGAGCAGCGCUAAUGGCGAGGAGGAACCAGAGGAGAGCAGACGGGGGGAGGAAACCUGCUCCAGCGUCGACAUUCAGGAAAAGGCCGACAGCGCGGCUCAGGAUGGGGCGGCUGACCACCAUGGAGACCUUCCAGAUUCUCAGACCUCCACUGACCUUUGCACCCAAGACGCACCCCUGGUUACCACGACGACGACAGGAACAGUGUCGGGGGUGGCGGCGCUCCACGUGGUGCAGGCGCGGCCGCUGUGGCCCACCGGCCCCGCCCUGACGGCCCGUUUCCGCCGCCUGAUCACAGCCUACCAGCGCUUCACGCUGCGCAGAGAGCCUCUGCUGAGACACGACUUCCUGCUGCCUGACGGCCUGGUCGGCAUGGCGAUGGGUGGGGCCGGGCACGGCCACCACGGCGGCGGGCCGCUGGCCUGGCAGCUGGGGGAGGAGCUAAGGAGGUGUUCGGUGGUCUCCACGGAGACUGACCCUCUGUUCCUGGAGUGGCAGAGGAGGUGGACCCGCCGAGAACAGGCAGACUUCUACCGCACCGUUUCCUCGUUCGGCGUGGUGUACGACCCGGAGAGGAAAGCCUUCGACUGGUCCCAGUUCAGAGCGCUGGCCCGACUGGAGAGGAAGACGGACGAGAGCUUGGAGCGCUACUUCAACGCAUUCGUCAACAUGUGCAGGACGGCGUGCAAGCUCCCGCCAAAGAACGACGAAGGGCUGGUGGAUCCCGGCCUUCUGGUGGAGCCUCUGACCGAGGAGCGAGCCGCCAGGACGCUGUAUCGCAUCGAGCUGCUGCGAAAGAUCAGAGAGCAGGUUCUCCGUCACCCGCUACUCUCGGCCCGCCUCCAGCUCUGCCGCCCCUCCCUCUACCUCCCCGUCUGGUGGGAGAGCGGUAAACACGACCGGGACCUGCUGAUCGGGGCGGCCCGCCACGGCCUGAGCCGCACCGACUUCUACAUCCUCAACGAUCCUCAGCUCAGUUUCCUGGAGGCUCACAGGAAUUACGUCAGGCGGCACCCUGCUCAUCUUCAUCACCCGCACCACGCAGGCCUGGCCAUGUCUUCCUCCUCUUCGUCCCACGGGCCGCUGCCUCAUUGCUGCCUCUAUGAGGCGGGGCUCGGCCAUCACUCCCCUCAGCCUCCAGAAUACCCCCACCAGCAGCCUCCACCUGCACCCGCGCCCUCUCCUUCCUCAUCCUCAUCCUCUUCUUCUCACCCUCACCUCCACCCUCCCGCCCUGGACCCCCCGGAUUCCGUUUCUCCCAACCUGGGCCUGGUUCCUGGCUCGCGGGUGGACUUCCUGGACUGCGCUCCGCUGGAUGAGAGCCUGGAGCUGGGAGCUCUGCAACACGACAGCAUGUCUGCCGACGGCCUGCACGGAGGGAAGAUUCCCAAAGACGCCCUGAACGGGUUCCCCUUUAACUCCGCAACGGGGGGUCAAAGCAUGCUCAACUCGUACGGAGUGGGCGGGGCCGACCUGGACUCCAAGCUGAGGAGCGACGUCCUGGUUGGUGAGCAGGGCUCAUCGGAGGAAACUGGGCUGAUGGCGCCGUCAGUGGAGCUGGAUCAGUUACAGGCUCCUUGGGACAGCACAGAUCACACCAGUCCAGCUGAACACAUGUUCAACGAGUCCGAUCCCAUCCUCGGUCCCUCUGGCCUGGAGACAGGUUUUCUGGAGGAGGAGGAUGAGGAGGCGCAGGGAGGAGACAGAGGAGGAGAAGAGGGUGGGACUCUGGAGGAGUGUUUAGGCCUCCCUCCUUCAUCCUCUCCAUCUCAUCCUUCCACCGGGGAAGCAGUCGAGCCGCUAUCAUCGAGCUACAUGCUCUUUAAGGAUAUCGGAGUGAACGAAGAGGCCAGUCCAGAUCAAACAGACCUUUCAGCAAGCCCGCCCCUCCCCUUUGUCCCCCCUCCACCCCUGUCGUUCAGCCAUGAGCCUCAGGACGCUCUUGGACAUGCUGACGUCCCAGAGAGCUUGGCCAAUCCCGAGGAGGAGGGAGACGACCAGGAGGGAAGUACCGGGUUUGAGUUUGAAGACAAAGAGGAAGAGGAGGCAGAGAAAUUAAGGGAGCAAGAAGCAGAAAACCAGAACGAAGGUGCCGACCCCGGAGUCGGCGUCCUGAAUCCGACCUCUGAGCGUCAGAUGGAGGAUGGAGAAGCGCUGGCGGGACGGGAGGAGAGGAAAGCGGUGUCUCCGGGCCUCCAGGAGAACUUGGAGUCCUCGGAUGAUAAUGAAGAGGUGCAGCCUUACCUGGGGAAGCUGGAAGCAGAAGGUGGCUUGGUUUGUCCCCGGUCCAUUGAGGAUCCUGCGGAGGAGGUGGACGGGUUGAUUCUGUAUCAGACUGAGGAGGAGCAGUCCAUGGACAGCUCUCUGGAUGCCGAAGCUUUUAUCCGUAAUGAAACGGGAGCAUUUUUAGAAAUGAAGGAAAACUCACAGAGUUCUGGAGGAGGUUUUGAUGUUGGCAGCAGGGAGGGUUCUGAGGGGGCGGCAGAGAUGCCUGAAGGUCGGCUGGACUCUGUCUCUUUGGGAGACACUGCAGAGGAACCGGCAGAGAAGAUGGUGACCCAGGAGGCUGAAGCCAGCCUGGCGGAGCUGGGAGAGGCCGAGAUAGCAGAACCCUGCAGCCCCGCUGGGUCUGCCUUGGAGGAAUCCCAGACCCGAGACCCAGCGGAUCAGAACCUGAGCAGCAAGAACUGCACGAGCGAAGCUUCGUCCUCCUCUGCAGAUCCAGAAAAUAAACGUGACCCCAAUGAAGCCAAAACUAAUUUGACGUUAAAUGUAAACAAUGUCAACUCCAAGUCAUCGGCUCUGACAGCAGUCAGUGAGGAGAAGAAACCGCUGCAGUUCCUGGUACCGGUGAAGGUGGAGGAGCCGGCCGAUGAGGUCUGCCUGGACGGCUCAGACAUUAAACCUUCUCCUUUUCUCUCCUUCCCUGUAAAAUCUGAGGCUGCAGAGCCCAAAUCUGAGCCGAUGGCGUUUCCUGCCAGGGCUCCGGUGCUGGAGGUGAAACCGGAGGAUCUCAUCAUGUCCAUGAAGACGGAGACCUUCCACGUUAAGCCUGAAUCUCUCCACUUUGUGGCUUACUCACAGAGCGGAAAAACGAAACCCGAAGUCAAACCAUCCGAUCUCCGCUUCGCCGUCUAUUCAGACGGAGGAGGGUUUAAGACCGAGAUCAAACCGGAAGCAAAACCAGACGUUAUGCAAUUCCCAGCGUACCCGAACGGCUCCGGGAUCAAAGCCGAGGUCAAGCAGGAGUCCUGCCCGGACCAGCCUGAGGUGAAGGCCGAGAUGAAGCGGGAGACGCUGGAGGCCGACAGCACUGUCCUGACGCCGAAGCCGGAGCAGGUCGACGGCUCGGGCACCACAGGGGAGGGUCUGCUGAAAGGCCCGGUGAAGGAGGAGAGGCCAGGCAGCCCAGCGCUGCCUGUGGUGGAGGGAUAUCCCGGCAGUCCCAGGUUUGCAACUCCCACCUCCAUGUGCGAUCUUCCCGAUAGCCUGCAUGAGAGCAGGGAGCCCACCAUCGCCCAGCUGCUGCAGGAGAAAGCUCUGUACUCCUUCUCCGAAUGGCCAAAGGACAGAGUCAUCAUCAACCGCCUGGACAGCAUCUGCCACGCCAUCCUGAAGGGGAAGUGGCCUUCAUCCAGUGAGCAGUACGACUCCCCAGCUAACUCCUGCCUGGCUAACAGCUUAGCCCAGCACCACCAUCAGCGAACUGGUUUCCUGGCGGGCCAGGCUCGGGUCCAGCAGGGCGGACCGGGGCUGGGCUUCCCCGUCCCUCCGCCUCUCACCAGACUACCCAAGUACGUGCCGCGGGGCGGCGCAUGCGGGCGCGGAGCUUGGCGCCUCACCUCCUUGCCUCUCUUGCAGGAGAGGCUGGUUGCUCCUCCGUUCCUCCCCGAGCUCAAGCGAGCAGGAGGCCGCAGGUCUUUCGACUAUGAAGCCGCCGCCGCCGCGGCCGCCAAGAUUCUGGCGGGGAAAUCUGCGUCGCCGAGCCACAGCGGCAGCUCCGGGGAAGAGAAGGUGCCGGUGGUGGCUCCCGCCUCCCAUCGGACCGGCGGCAUGCUAAACGGGUGGCAGGAAGCGGCCAUCGAUCUGACCAAGCACUCCGGAGAGGUCGGCGCCCCUACCAACGAAGUCGGCCACCAUAACGCCGCGGCAGGAAGCGGUCACAAGCUGCCCCCCAUCACCGCCCCUCUGCCGGGCCCCGUGGGGAUCGACAUGUCCGGGAUCCUGCAGGCAGGACUCAUCCACCCGGUCACGGGGCAGAUAGUCAACGGGAGCCUGAGGGGAGACGAUUCGCUGAGGAGGAGGAGAGGGAGGAGGAGGAACGUGGAGGCUCUGUACUCCGAGUUCGCCAAGAGUCGAGGGCUGCAGCUCCCCGAGACCCAGGCUCGGGUGGAGGCCAUCAGCCACUCCUCCGUCUCCUCCUCCACCUCCUCGCCGUCACCGUCUCCAUCAGAGCGGCCCGCCGGCCCCCCCACCCCCUCCUCUACCCCAACCCCUACCCAGACCCCCUCCCAGCCAGAAUUGGCGGCCAUCGACAGGGAGGCGGCCAGUAAAGGCCUGAUGGAGUGGCUGCGUCAGAAUCCGGGCUACAGCAUGGAUCUUCCAGCCUUCGCUCACUCUGGAGCGAGUCUUCUGCACGGCUUCGUGGAGCGUCCCAAACAGAGGCGACAUCGCUGCAAAGACCCCACCAAGCUGGACAUCAACACCCUGACGGGGGAGGAGAGGGUCCCCGUGGUCCACCGCGGCACGGGGCGUAGGCUUGGUGGCGCCAUGGCGCCGGCCAUUAAGGAGCUGUCCAGGUGGCUCGAUGCAAACUCUGAGUACUUUGUGGCGCCGGACUGGGCCGAGGUGGUCAAACACUCUGGUUUCCUUCCUGAGGGGAAGUUCUCUCGCAUUCUGACGGAACCGGUCAACAGGGACCCAGGCUCGCGGCGCCGCGGGCGCCGGCCACGCAGCGAGAUGCCGAAGCCCCUCCUCUCUGUGUCGGAUUCCUCGUCCGCCACCCUCAGCGCCCCCCUCUACAUGAACGGCGGGCUGAUCGGAAGCAUGGACUCCAUUGUGACCCUGCAGAACCUUCGCGGCGCCAUACCUGGCAUCCCCAUCUCCGGGAUCAUGGCGGCGGGGUUCCCACACGGGUUCCCUGCUGCCGUGUCGGCAGGAAGCGGCGGAUCGUCGGCCGAAGACGUGAAGAACGGUCUGAGCAUGUUACCCAUGAUGCUGCACGGCAUCCCACAUGGCGCCGCCAUCCCUCAGCACGCUCUGUUCAGCGUUGGCACCAUGAUGGCGCACGCUCCACCACACUCCGCUUCCUCCCCCUCCUCCUCCACUUCCGUAACAACGACGACCGUGGCCUCCGACGCGGCCAGCCCGUCCUCCAGCACCGCCGCAGACGGAGAGAGCAGCUCCUCCUCGGCGCUGGGCGGCGACAAGGAAAAAGCGGUGACGGAGGGUGCCAAGCGGCCGGCGGGGGGCGACGCUGUUACCUCCACCAGCAGGGUCCACCUGGGCGGCGGCGCCGGCAGUCAUCACACCUUUAACCCCUUCCUGAUCCCAGGCAUGUCCCACGGGCUGCUGUACCCGCACAUGUUCCUUCCUCACGGCGGCAUCAUGACGCUGCCCGCUGUGCCGCCGGGCGCCGCAGCCGACAGCUCUCCAGGCAGUCCCAGGAGGAGGAGGAACCGGGUUCGGGAGGAAGGGGAGAGGGAGAAAGGGAAGGAGGGGGAGGGAGACGCAGAGGAGAGAGAAAGUACAGUUGGUGAAAGCGGCGGGGCAAGGGCCGCCGACGCCUUCCUCCCCUCUACCUCAGCCUCCGAGCCGAGCGCAGCUACAAGCGAGGAGAACCAGGAGGCAGGUUCUUCGGAACCCCCCGAACCAAACUCUUAUAACCACAGUGAAAAAGAUACGGCGGGGGAGAAGGAGGACGGAUCAGACGAGAUGAACCCGGAGCAAGAGACGGCGUAGGAGAGGGGAGGCCCCCCCUCCCUCCUCCUCCUCCGCUGAGCAGCGUGUAAAGUCUGUGCCGAGUCUGUCAGUCAGCGUCCAUGUAAAGACUCUCAUCACCCCACCCCCACCCCCCAUUCUGCAUCCAGUCUGAGAACAGGAGGAGGAACGGAGUUCUGAGGGAGACGGAGCCUCUCCUGACCUCCCUCCGUCGCCUCCUCCGGACUCUGUAAUACUAAAGCCGCCAUCUCUCCCAUAUUCGGCCGGCGCUGAAACCCAAAACAGGAGACAUGGGCGGCGAGGUUCCCACUACGUUUUAUAGGGGACCGGUGGCCUGGCAGCCAAAGCCCGUUUCCAGGUUCUAAUCGGAUCGGUUCUGACUGCGUCUCCCUGAUGCAGGCUUGACGUGCAUGAAAGGCAGAUCAGAGCCCAACCCUCUCCUGCCGCUUCACGUUUCACCAAAAGCAAAGAACAAUCAAGGAGAUUUGUUCUGGAUCCGGCUUGAAGCGGUCCAGUCCAAUCAGGAGCUGAGUCCAGCCACCAGGGGGCAGCAGAAGGCAGUGGUUGGAUGUUUUCUGCUCUGCAAACAGCAGCUACAUGAUGCUGCUUUUCAGUGUUUCUCCUGAACUCGUUGGGAAAAGUGCAAAACGACUGGAAUUCUGACCCGGAGCUCCGGUUCUGUUCUGAUUUUAUGGAAGGAAGGAAGAAAACUGACUCUUGUAAUAUUUCAUCUGUAAAUCGUUGGCUGUACAUUGCUGUCUUUUUUUAAAGUGCUCCAUGUAUCUCUGUCCAGCGGUUGCGCCGAAGGCGUGGACCCAGAUGGACUGUACUGUACAUUAAAAAGGAUGAGAGUCUCUGGUUUUCCCUGAGGGGUAGAAAGGCCUCCGAUCCGUAUGAAUCACAGUGGCGUUCUGUAGUUCUCACCCAUUUUUUGCACAGCGUCUGUGUGGACCUGUCGGUUCGGUCCGUUAGGGUGUGUGGGCUAUGGGGGGAGGUCCGGGAUGUGUGCAUGCAUGCGCACGCGUUCUACUGGUUCAUCCCGACCGCUCACAUCUCAUUGAUGAAAAGAAAACUCCAUUAUUGUUGCCUUGUCACAACUUUUUGUGGCUCCAUAUAAUUUAUUCUAGAUUUUUUUUUUUUUCUGUAUUUUUUGCCAAACUUUCACCAAAUAAGACGUCAUUUUUUUCCCCCUUUCAUCCUUUUCCUCAGAUUUAAAGGCCUUAUGUUUGGUUGGUGUCUUUCGUAUCUAUAGUCUGUUACAUUUCCAUGGUCCGGUGGUGUCGUUGCGUUCGUUCGGUCCGUCUCCACGGCCCGGGGAGGGGAGGUUCUGCUACGUCUAAUCAAUCGGUCGUCCCUUAAAGCACAAACGUUUGCGUAUCAGUGCCUCUGACGUUGGGCUAAGCAUGUUCACUUGCACAUUUCGCCCCCUGUUGCCACGGUAACGCGGCCACCUCAUGAGGUCGUCGCUACUGGUUAUGUUAAUUAACAUGAGGGUCUGCGCCCAACAAUCGCUGGUUUUCCUUCAGUUCAGAUACUGGGUUUGAAGGUGUGGUGGUGUGAAGUAGUUCUGAGCCGUCAGUAUCUUACCAGCAGCAGAGACCUUUGCUCCCAUGAAGGAUCAUCCUCGAAAACUAAAAACUGAUCUAGCUGAUCGUUAAGAACUAAAAUAAACGUGCUUCGUCAUUUUUUUUAACUGUCUUUCUUUCUGUCAUUUUUUUGUCUCUUCUUCCUCUCUAUCUCUUGUCUGUCCGUCCGUCCAUCUCUCUUGUUUCAUUGUUCUUCCUCGAUUCAAACUUCCUUAUAUGGUUGUAGUCAUAUGUCCCUGUAGGUUGCCCACCAGGCUGUUGAAGUAGGCGUAUAUUUCUGCAGUUGCGUUAGCAUUUAGCCCUGCUAGCAAGUCUAGGCCAGUCAGUCUGUCUGUGGGAGUGGGUUUCAAACUCACAACCUCAAGAUUCCAACCUCUAUUCACUUGUCAUCUACGCUUCUGAUUUGGUUCUGUUUAUCUACUUGGGGUUUGGGGAAAAAAUCGAUUUGGCGAUAUGUCGUGAUUUUUUUUUUUAGCUCCUAAUAUUGAUUUAAAAAAACAAAACAAAAAAAAAACCAAUUUACUCAAAACAAUGAGGGAAAAUGGGCUUACUCUGCACCGCCACUCUGGCAGAUAGAGCUGUGCUUUUGCUGUGCGACGCAGCGCCAUAUCUGUAGUAGAGGCCGUCACAGUGGAACACGUGGACUGCCUCUAACCCCAAACAACAUGGAUACCAAAAUAACUAAAUCAUCAAUACCUUCUGAUGAAAAAAUAUACAGCACCUGCUUUUUCAUCUAUACAAUAAAAUUUUGAUAGCUGGGAAAAACAUUGCAAUAUUGUGGACACCGUUUCAUUCACAACACCUGUCCCAUCAAACAGAAUCAGAAAUACUUUAAUAAUCCCAGAGAGACAUUACUUUAAUUACAUUA